AUGGAUGAGGAGAUGCAGCAGCUCAGGGAGUUGGUGUCGCAGCUUAAGGCGGACAACGAGCGACUCCGUCAGGAGCGUGCUGCUUCCCCGGGGGGCUCCGGUGGGGGCGCUUCGGCCUCCUCUGGCCCGAGUGGUCAUGCCCCUGCUGCUAGUGUCACAGCUGCUGUCGCAGAACGGUUGGUGGUGAUUCCGAGAGACCGUAAGUGUCCUAUGUUUAAUGGUAGGUCGGGCAUAGGUAUUGUUGAGUGGACAGAGGAGGUCCAGGCAUGUGCGCGUGCUCGGCACCUUCCUGCAGUAGAGCAGGCAUUGUUCAUCUUUGAUCAUUUGGAGGGAGAGGCGAAGGAAGAGAUCAAAUUUCGCUCUUCCGAGGAACAGAGAGAUCCAGCUCAUAUUCUUGCCAUCUUAAUGGAGCUCUAUGGUUGUAGCCAGUCUUAUGUCACCCUACAGCAGGACUUCUUUUCUCGACAUCAACAGGAAGGUGAAACACUGCAGGAAUUCUCAUUAGCUCUUAUGGCUUUAAUGGCACAGGUUGAGCGACAGGCACCUGAGGGAGUGCCCAAUGCUGAUGUUCUUCUUAGAGAUCAGUUCCUCGAGCAUGUCCUUGACUGCUCCCUCCGUCGGGAGCUUAAGCAGCUAGUCCGUCGCCAGCCCACCAUCACCUUGUUGGCUCUGCGGACUGAGGCAAUUAGAUGGGAGAGGGAAGGUCUUCCAGGUGGCACUAGGGGUCGCAGCUCUUCACUGCCAACUGCUUAUGGCCUCCAAUAUGGAGUGCAGGGCCGUCUUCAUCCAGCCCCUCCGGCCGCUCCCCAAGAGCCAGGAUUGGGAGCAGUGAUGGAUCUCUUGAAGCGUCAGCAGGAGCAGCUGACUCAGCUUGCCAAGACAGUAGCUUCUCUGCAGGCCCCCCCUCCCUCUGGUCCAGUGUCCCGUUCCGGCCCUGUCAUCUGCAGGAGAUGUCAACAACCUGGCCAUUUUGCCCGUGAGUGUGAUGCAGUCGGGAAACUGAAGCCCGCUGAGCUGCCGAGCCACAGCUCAGUUGGGGAGUCCACAGGCUCACAGCCAGGUGUGGCAGCCGAGCUUAUUGCUCCUUGCCCAAACAUUAAUGUGUCUAUUGGGGGGAUUAGUGUAGAGUGCUUGGUGGAUACCGGUUCCAUGGUAUCCACCAUUACUGAAAGUCUCUUUUUGGCCCAGUUCGAACCUUGGGGCCAUGACCGCCUUUGCUCCUGUCAGUGGCUACAGCUGCGUGCGGCUAAUGGCCUAGCCAUCCCGUACAUUGGUUAUUUGGAGCUUGAUGUGGAACUGUGUGGCAAGGUGGUGCCCGGUUGUGGGAUUCUUGUUGUGAAAGACCCCCCUGGAGCUCCAUCUGCUGUCCCUGGAAUCCUGGGGAUGAACGUAAUCCGCAGAUGUUAUCAAGAGCUCUUUGGUAUGUUCGGAUCUUCCUUGUUUGAGUCACCCUCUGUGUCAGGGGCGCCUGGCUCAGUCGUGGCUGCUCUUCAGCAGUGUCAUCAACCUUCAGACCAGGUUAUCUCGAGCCUCGCUGGGGCCGUGAAGGUCCGAGGCAAGCGGGUGGUGCGUAUACCCGGGGGUACGAUGAAGCUGGUCACUGGUACCUGCUCCGAACAGUUUGCCAAUCAGAGUGUCUUAUUUGAGCCUCCUGAGUCUGGGUUGCCAGCUGGGCUGUUGGCGUCCCCGUGCAUGGUAAAAAUUGUUCGUGGUACUGUAUGUGUUCCAGUUGUCAACGUGGGAGAAGCGGAGGUCCUUCUUUACCCCCGGACUAAUCUUGGUGUCUUGAAUGCUGCUCAGGUCGUCAGCUUGCCUGCAGGGGUUACUGAGGUGGGGUCAACCGUGGCUACGGUGUCUUCCCAGACGGCCACCCCCUCAGUCCUCGAUCGGAUCGGGUCGUUGGACCCAUCAGUUCUAACUGAGCAGGAACAGGCUAGCGUGAGGUCUCUGCUGGACAGGUACGACUCAGUCUUUGCGGCUUAUGAGGGGGAUUUGGGGUGCACAAAUCUCAUCUCACAUGAUAUACCUCUGCUCGAUGACGUCCCUGUCCGGCAGAGGUAUCGCCGCAUCCCUCCCUCAGAGUACGAGGCAGUUAAGACACACAUUAACCAGCUUCUUGAGUCCCAAGUCAUCCGGGAGAGCAGCAGCCCCUACGCGUCUCCCAUUGUGUUGGUGAGGAAGAAGGACGGAAGCUUGCGGCUGUGUGUGGACUACAGGCUCCUCAACAGCAAGACUAGAAAGGAUGCCUUCCCGCUGCCUCGUAUCGAGGAAAGCUUGGAUGCACUUUCAGGGGCCCGCUGGUUUUCUACCCUUGAUCUGGCCAGCGGGUACAAUCAGGUGCCAGUGGCUGAGCAGGACCGCUCCAAGACCGCCUUUUGCACUCCCUUUGGUCUUUUUGAGUUCAACCGGAUGCCCUUCGGCCUCUGUAACGCCCCGAGCACAUUCCAGCAGCUGAUGCAGCGGAUGUUAGGCGAUCAGCAGGGUCAGUCCCUGCUGCUUUACCUCGACGACAUCAUCAUCUUUUCGUCUUCUGUCGAGCAACAUCUGCAGCGGCUGGAGAUGGUGCUCGGGCGGCUUCAGAGAGAAGGCCUUAAAGCCAAGGCAGAGAAGUGCGCGUUUUUCCAACGACAGGUGUCGUACUUGGGCCAUGUCAUCUCAAGCCAGGGAGUGGCUACAGACCCACAGAAAAUUGAGGCUGUGGCCAGUUGGCAGCGCCCUCGUCACAUCACAGAGUUGCGUUCCUUCUUGGGUUUCGCUAGCUACUAUCGGCGCUUUGUUGAUGGCUUUGCCAAGCUGGCCAAGCCCUUGCAUCAGCUGGUAGCCAAUCUUGCUGGUACUAAAUCACGAAAGGGGUCAGCCCAGGCACUGGAGGCUGCGUGGACGCCUCAGUGUGAGGAGAGCUUCAGUGCUCUGAAGGCCAAACUGGUCUCCGCCCCAGUACUAGCCUAUGCAGACUUUGCACGUCCCUUUAUCCUUGAGACCGAUGCCAGCCACAGUGGGCUCGGUGCGGUCCUUUCACAGGAGACUGACAGUGGUGUGAGGCCGGUGGCUUACGCCAGCAGGGGUCUCCGGCCCACUGAGCGCAACAUGUCCAACUACAGCUCAAUGAAGCUAGAGUUUCUUGCGCUCAAGUGGGCCGUGACGGAGAAGUUCCGGGAGUACUUGUUGGGGCAUAAAUGUGUCGUGUACACGGACAACAACCCAUUGAGCCACCUUCAGUCCGCCAAACUGGGAGCUGCAGAGCAUAGGUGGGCUGCUGAGCUUGCUGUCUUCGAUUUUGAAAUCAAAUACCGGUCUGGGCGCAGCAACCGGAACGCAGACGCACUGUCACGACAGUAUGUGCCUGUCUCCCAUGUUGCCCCUCCAUCUUUGCCUGGGACCGUGGUCCCCAGCAGCAUUCAGCAAAGUGCACAGCCAGGUCCUGUCGUGUCUGCCAUUCAAUCUUUGAUCUCCCUUCUUCCAUCCCACUCUGCAUCUGAUCUCCACCGUAUGCAGGAGGAUGAUCCUUUGCUGAAGAAAGUGUUGUUCUUUUGGAAUCGUGGGUCCCUUCCCACCUCAGUAGAGAGGCGGCAGCUUUCCCAGCCAGCAACUGUACUUUUGCGUCAAUGGGACCGUUUGGUCAAGGAAGAUGGCGUGCUCUUCCGUAGGGUCUUUCGUCCUGAUGGCGGCGAAGAGUUCCUUCAACUUGUCUUGCCUGCUGUGCUCAAGCAGGAAACACUCAAUCAGCUCCAUCAGGAGCAUGGUCACCAGGGCAUAGAGAGGACCACUGAGUUGAUCUGGCAACGUUGUUACUGGCCAGGGAUGUCUUCGGAUGUCAAAAACUGGGUCCAGCGGUGUGAGCGCUGCCAAGUUUCCAAAGACUCAGGGCAGGUUUCACAUAGUCAUAUGGGCCACCUGCUUGCAUCCCGGCCGAAUGAGAUCUUGGCCCUUGACUUUACGUUGCUCGAGCCCUCUCGCAAUGGACUGGAGAAUGUCCUAGUUCUGACCGAUGUAUUUAGUAAAUUUACAGUGGCUGUCCCCACCCGGGACCAACGGGCCUCAACGGUGGCCCAGGUUUUGCUUUCUGAAUGGUUCUAUAAGUUUGCUGGUAUGGAAAUCAGCACAUGUUGUCCCACUACAUAA